GAUGUCGCGUUGAUCAUAAUUUGAGCUGAGCCACACAAAAAACAUAAAUUCACAACAGGUCUUUUUCUCUGCUCCCUCAGAAUCCGACCGCUACUGCCAACUAGCGAAGUGGCGGGCACGCUGGCAAGGAACCUGUCAUGUCUCACAUUGUGCCCCUGCCAAAUGUCGCGGUCGUCACAAAUAGGUUUUCUGUGUGGUACGAUACCACCUCUAACUGGCCUAACGACGGCGGGCUCUGUGUGACUUGUGAGCGUCCCCAGGACAGCACACUUCGGCCCAGCCCGGCGGUGCCCCUGCACAUCGUGGUGGGGCGAUCGGGGAUUGCCAGCCCCGACCUCUCAUCAACGUCACCAAUUUGGGGGAUUGGACAAACAGAACCGGGUAUGGGCAUUGGCCCUGGGUCGAUAGAUCCAUUCAGUUGCCGGAUUUCGUCAGAGGAACGUUCUCUGAUUGCUGGUCAGCAAGUUUCAGUGGUAUUCUCAAAAGGAAGCUGUUUCAUUCCCGCGGGAGGCGGGAAGGCGCAGAAAGUGGAAAGACCUGAAGGGAGGGGCCUGGCACAAGGCAGUCGGCGGAUUCCGGUGAUCCACCUCCACCUCCCUCCUCCUUCACAACCCGGCUUGCUGCCCCUCCGCCGGGAAGCCGCGCCAUGGGCAGGUGAGCCGCUAGGUGCCGUCCGGACAUGGACUCAUUGGAUGCCGGGGGUUUCCAUUCUUGCUUCGGUUCCGGUGUUGGCCCGGGAGUAUAAAUGUCCCAACUAGCUCCUCCAAGAACAAACACUAAAUAUUUGUAACUCGAUCUAUUUAACGUUGGCCCGUUCCUCCACUUGCCUCGCCUCCUUGUUUCUGCGGUUCGAGAUUUACUUUCGUUAUUAGCAAACGCAGCUGUGAACCAAAAUACCCUCCUUUAAAUAGGUAGUUCCGGGUCACUCAUUCACACGUACAUUACCAUCGAUAUGCCUAAUCUUGCGUCUGCCCGGUAUGGCAAGGACAAUGUCCGCGUUUGCAAGGUCCAGAGAGAUGAGAAGACCGGCGUUCAGACCGUGACGGAGAUGACAGUGUGCUGCCUGCUCGAGGGCAAGAUCGAGACAUCGUAAGCUAGGCACUCCCCGUACCAAAAACCGCAUUGCCCAGCGGCACAA